GUCUGCUGGCAGCAUGAUGCAUGCUCUGAAUACGUUUCUGCUGUUCCAUCUUCUGACAUGUCUGGGACCUAACGCACUUGGGAGUGAAAUCAUAAAUGGUAAAAAUGCCCCAGAGGCAUUAAUGCUGUAUAUGGCCUCGGUGCAGAACAACAUGGGUGAUCAUAUAUGUGGAGGAUUCCUCAUCAGUGAAGACUUUGUACUCACUGCUGCGCACUGCAUCCGCUCGAAUCCCACAAGUGUUGUCCUUGGCACCCACAAUCUCAAGAAGGUUGAUAAUAGAACAAUGAGAUACAAUGUGAAGACAUGCAAGCAUCCAUCUUUUGAAAAUGUAGGACUAGGUAACGACAUCAUGCUCCUCAAAUUGUCCAAGAAAGCUCGACUGAACAAGAGAGUAAAACCGAUUCGACUUCCAAAGACUGCGAUUAAAAUAAAAGAUAACGCAAAGUGCCGUGUGACUGGAUGGGGUUUCACAAGAACUGGAGGUGAAGUUACUAAGGAGCUACAAGUGGUGGAUGUGCCUUUUGUCAACCUGACGGUCUGUAAGAGAAAAUGGAAUAGUUUAAAUGAACUUCCUGACAAUGUGAUCUGUGCUGGUGGGUAUGGCACAAAGAAUGGAUUCUGUAAGGGUGAUUCUGGUGGUCCUCUGGUGUGCGGCGGGGAGGCUGUUGGUAUUGUGUCUUUCAACAUGAGGAGCGACUGCGAUUACCCAAAUGUACCCAACGUCUAUACGAACAUAUCGAAAUACCUUAAAUGGAUCAAAGAUAUUCUCAAGAAAAAGAAUUGUUAAAUGUAACAAUUAAGCAUAUUGUAAUGUGCUGGCUCCUCGGUACUGGAAUAGCUUUCCACUCAGCAUCAGGCUGCUGACGCUGUCGCUGCCUUUCAGUCAUAAAACUCCCUUUUACAAAAUGCCCAUUCUUAACAAAUGACAUACUUUCUUGUUUUUCUGAUAUGUGUUCUGUAAAUAAACUAUUAU